AUGGCCGACAACAACUACGGCUCUCCUGACGGUGGUGCUGAGGACACCCCGCAGGGCGAGUCUCACGGCCAGGACCUGUGCCACCGCUGCGGAAAGCCCGGCCAUUGGGCGCGCUCCUGCCCCGAGAACCCAGGCGGCGACGGCGGCAGCUGCUACAACUGCGGCCAGCCGGGCCACAUCAGCCGGUACUGCCCCUCGCGCGAGGGCGGUGGCGGUUACGGCGGCGGCGGCUAUGGCGGCGGCGGCAACCGCGGCGCAUGCUACAGCUGUGGUGGCUUCGGCCACGUCGCCGCCCAGUGCCCCAGUGGCAGGUGGAACGGUGGUGGUGGCGGCUACGGCGGCGGCUACGGCGGUGGUGGCGGCUACGGCGGGGGCGGCUAUGGCGGGGGCGGCUACGGCGGUGGCGGCUAUGGGGGCGGCGGCGGCAACUGCUACCGGUGUGGCCAGCCCGGCCACCUGGCCCGCGACUGCAUGAACCAGGGUGGAGGCCCUGGCGGCGGCGGCUACGGGGGUGGUGGCUACGGCGGCGGCGGCGGCGGUGGCAACUGCUACCGGUGCGGCCAGCCCGGCCACCAGGCCAAGUGGUGCACAGAGAAUGCCGGCGGCGGCGACUCCAGGCCACCGGGCGCAUGCUACGCGUGCGGCCAGCCCGGCCACAGGGCCGCCCAGUGCCCCAACGCCCAGAGGUAA